AUGGCAAGGAACUGUCAAUAUAGCGAAUACUGGGACAAAUCACAUUAUAACGUAGACAUUGAUGAGGAUGUAAGUAGAAGUGGAACGUAUAUAGAUCGCUGUGUCAACACUAUAAAUAUUGAAAAGGUGGAUAAUAAACCCACAGGCGGGUACAAGCAGUAUCGUCAUUCUUUCAAUAAUCAUAAGGUUCAGAUAGCAAACAUACGUCAUAAGAACCAAAAUCAAGAUGGAUUUGACGAGAUAAAAAACAAAACAUACAUUGAGGUAUCGGUUUUCUACUUUGAAUUUGAUAUUGGAAAUGAUUUACCCCUUUUGGUUAAACUUACCAAGAGUAACACUACCCAUGAAUACUACAAAAAGGUAGAUUAUUUUGUGACUUCUAGUUCAUGGAAGACAGAUUUAGAUGUUAAGGAAGAAAGCCAACUCUCUCCAAAACUUACAGAAAUUAGCAGGGGGCUAAAUACUGUUAUAGUUCUUAGGGUCAAUCAGGUUAAAAAUGGCACUUACUAUGCAAACGGAACUGAGAAGCCUCCAGAUGCUAAUCAAACUACUCAAGUACAAGUGAUACACUCCACAUAUGAAACCGUUUACAAGAAGUAUCUUCAUAAGCUUCCAUAUAAGAAGUUAAGAGUCAUUUAUACCAAGACUAGCAAUAAGAAUAUACCAUUUGAGUCACCUGUACUUCGAAACGAGUAUAAUGAAGCUUCUGUCUACUUCUGGGAAGGUGAUGACAGUCGUGCAAAUCCCCUGUUACUUGAGCUUAAGCCAGCGUCAAAUACUCCCUCAUACUACAUACUUUCUGGUGAAGGAAUAGGUAAAAAGUGGACUAAGGAUUCCAACACACCUAGUACUCUCAAGGAGAAACUUGAUAAGCAGAACUGUGAGAGAAACCAGGCUCAUACUAUAGAUAUCUCUAAGAAGAGUAGUUCUAGUAGUAAUAAUUACGAUUGUCCCAGUUGUGUAUCUACUCCUGCAAUGAUUUCCAUAACAUCUUCAAGCAUAGAUCAAGCUAACGUUAUCAAAUAUAGUCACAAAGUAAUCAUAGGUAGUAUUGGCAAGUUCGUUUGUAAAGGGAAAACCCAGAGAGGAAUAGAUAUUACGGCUAAUAUUAAAACUGCAACCGUUUACUGGUACCCAGAGAUUGGUACUCUAAUUCCCCUUGAGGAUAAAUACAAAUGA